AUGCGUUUUAUUAGAUGGUUACUUUUGAUUGUAGUUUUAUAUUUGUUAAUAAUAAUUCAUCAAUCUGAAAGUUAUAAUGACCAAAAAUUAUUAAAAUGUCGUCAAUUCUUUGAUUCUUUACAAUUUAAAAGAAAUUGUAAUAAUCAUUAUCAUUUGAAAGAAAUUAAUCGUCGUGCCCAAACUACUAAUGAGCAAAAUGAAAUUCCAAAGCAAGUAGAGGAAAAGAAACCUGAAAAGAUUAAAGAAAUAUUAAAACAAAAAGAAAAGAAGCCUGAAGAAGCCAAAGAAGAUCUGAAACAAGUAGAAGAAAAGAAAUCUGAAGAGAAUAAAGAAGAACCGAAACUAGUGGAGUACAAGAAUUCCGAGGAGACAAAAGAAGGACUGAACCAAUUGGAGGAUAAGAAAAUUGAAGAGAAAAAAGAAGAACCAAAAGAAGUGGAGGAUAAGAAACCCGAGGAGAAAAAAGAAGAACCAAAGCAAGUGGAGGAUAAGAAAAUUGAAGAGAAAAAGGAAGAACCAAAAGAAGUGGAGGAGAAAAAAGAAGAACUUAAACAAUUGGGGGUUAAGGAACCUGAAGAGAAAAAAGAAGAAACGAAACACUUGGAGGUUAAGGAACCUGAGGAGAAAAAAGAAGAACCGAAAGAAUUGGAGGAUAAGAAACCCAAGGAGAAAAAUGAAGAGCCAAAACAAGUGGAGGAUAAGAAAAUUGAAGAGAAAAAAGAAGAACCAGAAGUA